GAAGUAGAACAUUGCGCAGGUCAUCCGGGAGCCGAAGCGGCUCUCCAAGUCUCCACCAAUAGGUUCCACACCCGCUAAACACAGCAGCAUGGUGGUCCUGGGCGAGGUGUUUCCCAACUUCGAGGCCGACUCGACCGAGGGGCGCCUGAAGUUCCACGACUGGGUCGGAGGCUCCUGGUGCAUCCUGAUGGCGCACCCGUCCGACUUCACGCCCGUCUGCACCACCGAGAUGGGCGCAGCGGCCAAACUGGCGCCCGCGCUGCUGCGCCGCGGCGUCAAAAUGGCCUGCAUCUCCUGCGACCCGGUCGAGUCACAUAAAGCCUGGAUUGAGGACAUCAAGGCGUACAACGGGCUGGGCUCGAACGCGUUCCCGUUCCCCAUCAUCUCGGACGAGACGCGCCAGCUGGCCAAGAAGUUCAGCAUGAUAGACCCGAACGAGCCGCGCUUCGACAACAAGCCGGCCACGGCGCGGGCCGUGUUCAUCAUCGGCCCCGACCUGCGCCUCCGGCUCUCCAUGCUCUACCCGGGCACCACCGGGCGCAACUUCGCCGAGAUCCAGCGAGUGAUGGAAUCUCUACUGGUGACUGCAAAACACAAGGUGGUCACCCCGGAACAGUGGCAGGUGGGAGAGAAGUGUUUCGUGGUGCCGUUCCUAAGCGCGACCGAGGCCAACCAGGCGUUUCCAGCCGGCGUGCACGUGCAUUCGGUGCCUUCGGGCAAGGAGUACCUGCGCACCACACCGAUGCCCAAAUAAAGGGCCGGUGACCGACACUGGGCGACCAGGCGGAAGGACCAGACCACCGCAAGAACUGAUGAUGUGAUGGCAAUAGUCGGCAUUCCUUGUGGUGACGUGAUGAGUGUCACUGAGUGUAGUCUGUCGCCUGUACGUCCAUGAUCUGAAUUUCCGCGUUCUGUAAUGGUAUCCAAGACGAUCAAGCGUUCCUCAAACAAACGGCUCGAUUUCUCCUAUUUCAUCUACGUGGACUCUCAACACCGUCGUCUGCGAUUUAGUCUCACUACUGGAUCAUGUCUCCGUGUGAUCAACGUUCUCAAUGUCUCUUACACGCGCGCGAUGUGAGUCUAGUCGGGUUAUUUCGGAAACGACUUUAGUUUUGCAGCGACGUCAUCAAAAACGCACAGCCGUGUGACAGAUAAUUUCAGAAACAUUCAUGAGGGUGCUGCUUCCUCGCCAUAAAACUGCCCCCAUAGCUGACUUCCAGACAGCUCCUGGCAGAUUUCGGACAGCCAGGCGUAGGUGUAACCUAGACAGGCAAAACGCGUUUCGUCCCCUGACCCAUACCGCUGAGGAAUAUGUGGCCGGAUGUCAGCGUGCCAGUCCUCAUCCCUCCGAUCGUUGCAUGUCGUUAAUCGAUGCAUGUGAAUACAUGUCGUUCUGUUGUGGCAA